UUUUAUUAGAAGAAGCUUCAAAUAUUCAUCCACAAAAUGUAAAACAACCACAAAUUACAAAACAUUUUGAUCAUAUUACUCCCAUACCUAUUACAAAAUCAAAUGAAAUUGACCAAGCACUCCUUAAAGCAUGG